GUAUUGCUGGAUGAUCAGGUCAAAGAAAGCCUCCUAGAAAACGUCCGCGGCUUUCUUAACCCCGCUACUCUGGAGCAGCAGCGUGGUCCAUACAGGCGGUGCUACCUAUUUCACGGACCUACUGGAACUGGAAAGACAUGCUUGGCUCUGGCUCUCGCAGGGCAUUUCGAUCUGGAUGUUUACAUCGUCUGCCAGCCCGUCAACGACAGCGACCUGAAGACCUUGUUCUCCCGGAUACCGCCCCGAUCUAUUAUCGUCUUGGACGGUGCCGAGGACGCCAAUUCCCAGCCACGAGAAGGAACCGCCUCUCUGUCCGCGCUCCUCGAUACUAUCGACAGCGCAGGGGAUGGCCAUGUUAUAAUUAUGACAACCCGCCAUAUCGCGCUUGUCGAUAGCGCCCUAAUAAUGGAGCCUAGUCGCGUGGCUCUGACAGCCGGAUUCGGACUCGCGGAUAAGGAAAUGAUAGCUAGGCUCUUCCGUUUUACAUAU